AUGCCCUCGUAUGGCGCCGAAGCAACCGACCGCUCUUCCUUUGCACAUGCUCAAACAUCACCGCCUCCCCCCGCGCGCUCGCCCUCGGACCGCUCGCCCCCCAAUGGCACCGCUGCCGCGAUGAACGGGAAGAUGGCCAAUGGAAUGCAGCCCAUGGCAAACGGCCGCCCACCCAGGCCCGCGAGCAUCGACAAGCGCCUGUCCCAGGACGACGCACGUCAUGCCCGGAGCAGAGGAGACUACAUGGACGCCGACAGCUCCAACACCAAGUCGCUCGACACGCAGAGGCAGUCGAGCGAGCGCCCGAGCAGAGACGACGGCUACUUCGCCUCGAUACACAGCAGCAAGACCAAGGACCGCCUCUGUGGCAGCACCACGCACGUCGAGCUCGGCCAGAUCGAUGCUCAGGACGGCACCAAAGAAGCAAGCAGGGACUUCUAUGUUCCGCACGUCGGCUCCGUCUCCCAUCCUCCCACGUCGCCGUCGCCGCAGCCCCAACCCGACGAGGGCACGUCCAGUCUGCAGGUACCGAGCCAAGCGCAUCGCGUCUCCUCCCCGCCUGCCUUCAACCACAACAACCCCAGCCCCUCUCAACAACCUCAUCGUCUGCAGCAACGUCAUACCCUCGAGGUCCCCAAGCUGCAAACAUCGCGCGCCCGCGAACCCCAGAACAACACCGACGACGUCAUCAGCGCUAGUGGACGCUUCUCGCCUUCCACACCGCACAAACGGAGAGGCUCCAUGUCGCUUGUGCGUCGGACCACACGCUCCGUCAACUCCGACAUGCAUCUCGACGAGGUGCCCCAGGACGAUGAGGCCGCGCGCUGGGCUGAGCACAUCCGCCAGAAGCGAGCAAGCAAGCGGAAGCGCAAGGAGGACGAAGACGAAGACCGCGUCGUGGUAGGCACCAAGGUCGACCAGAACCACGUCAACUGGGUCACAGCUUACAACAUGUUGACGGGUAUCCGCUUCACCGUCUCGCGAACCAACGCCAAGAUGGACCGAGAUCUCACUGAUGCCGACUUUGACGCGAAGCACAAGUUCUCGUUUGACAUGUACGUGCCGGCCGGCUUUCCUUGCAACAUCAAGUACCUGCUAGAGUUCAUCUCCACUUCAACUGGUAACGAGCUUACUCCUUCCGCCAAAUACGACUUCAAGUUCAAGGACUAUGCACCAUGGGUCUUCCGCCAUCUCCGCACUACCUUCAAGCUCGACCCCGCCGAUUAUCUCGUGUCGCUAACCAGCAAAUACAUCCUUUCCGAGCUCGGCUCUCCCGGUAAGAGUGGCAGCUUCUUCUAUUUCUCCCGCGACUACAAGUACAUUAUCAAGACCAUCCACCACGCUGAACACAAGUUCCUCCGCAAGAUUCUCAAGGACUACUACAACCACGUGCAAGAGAACCCAAACACUCUUCUUUCCCAGUUUUACGGCCUGCAUCGCGUAAAGAUACCCUAUGGACGCAAAAUCCACUUCGUCGUCAUGAACAACCUGUUUCCCCCGCAUCGAGACAUCCACAGCACGUUCGACCUCAAGGGCUCUACCAUUGGGCGAGACUUUAAGGAAGAGAACUUGGCAACCAACCCCCGCGCGACACUGAAGGACCUCAAUUGGUUACGCAGAAACCAGCAUCUUGAGUUAGGGCCGUCCAAGAAGAAGAUGUUCAUCGAGCAGAUGCAAAGAGACGUCAAGUUGCUGCAGCGCUUACACAUAAUGGACUACUCGCUCCUCAUUGGUAUCCACGACCUGGAAAAGGGUAACGAGGAGAACCUGCGAGACAAGACACUCAAGGUCUUUUCACCAGGUGGAGAGGAGGCACCAGAGCCCCAACCGAAUCAGCUUAUGCGGACGCCUUCGAAGUUGGAGAGUGCUCGGAAAGCAAGGGAACUGAGGCAGAUGGUCAAGACACAGAAACCAGUACCCAUGGGUCAGACGUCUAGCAAGAUGCCGAAUGAGUUGGAAGAUCCUAACCGGAACUUCUACUUCUAUUCUGACGAUGGUGGCUUCCGAGCCACUCACGAGGACGAAACCCCCGGAGAGGAGAUAUACUACCUUGGCAUUAUCGACUGUCUGACACACUACUCUUUCAUCAAACGUAUGGAGCACUUUAUUAAAGGCAUUGCUAAUACCGAGUCUCAAAUAUCUGCUAUACCUCCCGAGCGAUACGGCGAUCGAUUCAUCAAGUUCAUCAGCGGUGUCACCAAGACUAGAGAAGCGGCCGAGCGUGAGAAGAUGGAAGAGGCCACAAACGAUCUCAACGAACUCUCGCUUGACGGUGUCAAUGCGACUGCUGCGCAGCGAUCGUCGACCGACCGUGUCCUGGAGAAGGCCGAGCAUCAAGCCGACCGCUCGCGGCGACAAGGUCAUGGUGAAGAAAACGUACCAAAUCUACACUUGAGGGCAGUACGUAGUCCGUCGGCGGAAAGAGGAGAGAUUGGGACCACUCUGCCUGUGGUGGAAGAGGCCGGUGAAUCUUCAAGUGUUGGCGGGCACAGCAACCGGAGUGCCUCAGAUCGCCAUGCUGCCAAUACGAGUAGCGAGAAGUCCUCAUUACCACCACCCACAGGAGCGCCCUACCUCGGCCCUCCACGACUUGAAGCCAGAGCCAGGUCUACAUCCAGGGAAAGGGAUCAUGCACAGGGAAGACCGCCGCCUACACCGCCGAAGGACUCUGGCACCGCGAGUAGCGAUGGGCGCCCGCCUACACCGGCAAAGGACGCCGAAUACAUGCCCAACAGGCACUCUGGACCACCCACACCACCAAAGGAGGACAAGAGGGGAGGUAUACCCAGAGCCUCUUUGGAUAAAGAUCUACCGCGCACGCCAUUAGAGACCACUAUCAGGGUCGGCUAA